AUGGCACACAACGACAACGACAAGUAUGCUGAAUUUUUCGAUGCCGGUCACUCCGGCAAGGAUCAUACCGUGCAUCAGAGGCUGCGAGCGAAUUCGACAAUCAUGGAAUUGAAGAAGAUCUUGGUUGCCAACAGGGGCGAAAUCCCUAUACGGAUUUUCCGAACUGCCCACGAGCUCUCGCUACAGACGGUAGCUGUCUUCAGCUAUGAAGACCGUCUUAGCAUGCAUAGGCAGAAAGCCGACGAAGCCUACGUAAUUGGGAAAAGAGGGCAAUACACUCCUGUGGGCGCAUACUUGGCAGGUGACGAGAUCAUCAAGAUUGCAAAGCAGCAUGGGGUCAAUUUGAUCCACCCUGGCUACGGAUUUCUCUCUGAGAACGCGGGUUUCGCAAGAGCUGUCGAGGCGGCAGGUUUGAUCUUUGUUGGGCCCACCGCUGAAACCAUUGACUCCUUGGGAGACAAAGUCUCUGCCCGAACACUCGCCAUGAAAUGCAAUGUACCCGUUGUGCCCGGAACCGAUGGCCCUGUUGAGAAAUUCGAAGACGUCAAGUCUUUCACAGACGAGUACGGGUUUCCCAUCAUCAUCAAGGCAGCAUUUGGAGGUGGUGGACGAGGUAUGAGAGUCGUACGAGAGCAAGCAUCCCUGAAAGACUCUUUUGAGCGAGCUACUUCCGAGGCAAAAUCUGCUUUUGGUAACGGAACGGUGUUCGUGGAGAGAUUCUUGGACCGGCCGAAGCACAUCGAGGUCCAGCUCCUGGGAGACAACACAGGAAACGUGGUGCACCUGUUCGAGAGAGACUGCAGUGUCCAGAGACGCCACCAGAAAGUCGUAGAGUUGGCUCCGGCAAAGGAUCUGCCUACUGAGGUCCGAGAUAAGAUCUUGUCGGACGCUGUCAAGUUGGCCAAGUCAGUCAACUACCGCAAUGCAGGCACUGCAGAGUUUCUCGUGGACCAGCAGCAAAGGUAUUACUUCAUCGAAAUCAAUCCACGUAUUCAAGUCGAGCACACCAUUACAGAGGAGAUCACCGGCAUCGAUAUUGUUGCAGCACAGAUCCAGAUAGCUGCAGGUGCAUCAUUAGAACAGCUGGGCCUGACGCAGGAUCGCAUCUCAACUCGUGGGUUUGCUAUCCAGUGCCGAAUUACUACUGAGGAUCCCGCAAAUGGUUUCUCUCCGGAUACUGGUAAGAUCGAGGUCUAUCGAUCCGCUGGCGGCAACGGUGUGCGUCUGGAUGGUGGCAAUGGAUUUGCUGGUGCAAUCAUUACCCCUCAUUAUGAUUCUAUGUUGGUCAAGUGCACAUGCCUCGCCUCGACCUAUGAAAUCGUGCGGAGGAAGAUGCUUCGUGCUCUAGUCGAAUUCCGAAUCCGUGGAGUAAAAACCAACAUCCCUUUCCUCGGAUCGUUGCUUACCCAUCCAACGUUUAUCGAUGGUACUUGCUGGACUACCUUCAUUGACGACACACCAGAGCUGUUUAGACUUGUGGGAAGUCAAAACAGAGCACAGAAGCUGCUGAGCUACCUUGGAGAUGUGGCCGUCAAUGGUAGUAGCAUCAAAGGCCAAAUUGGUGAGCCGAAGCUCAAGGGCGAUAUCAUCAUGCCCGAGCUCCACGACGAUAAUGGGAAACUUAUCGAUAUGUCUGAACCUUGUACCAAAGGUUGGAAAUACAUCAUUGACAAGGAAGGUCCCGCUGCAUAUGCGAAAGCAGUGCGGGAAAACAAAGGAUGCCUUAUCAUGGAUACGACAUGGCGUGAUGCGCAUCAGUCACUGCUUGCUACUAGGGUCCGCACAGUGGAUCUAUUGAACAUCUCGAAGGAGACAAGUCAUGCUUAUAGCAACGCAUACAGUCUGGAAUGCUGGGGUGGAGCUACUUUCGACGUGGCCAUGCGUUUCCUCUACGAAGACCCCUGGGAUCGUUUACGGAAGAUGAGGAGAGCUAUUCCCAACAUCCCCUUCCAGAUGCUGCUCCGAGGCGCUAACGGUGUGGCUUACUCAUCGCUACCAGACAACGCAAUCUAUCAUUUCUGCGAGCAGGCGAAGCGAUACGGUGUGGAUAUCUUUCGAAUCUUCGAUGCUCUUAAUGACAUCGAUCAAUUGGAGGUAGGCAUCAAGGCCGUCCAGAAAGCUGGAGGCGUGGUGGAGGCCACCGUCUGCUACAGCGGUGACAUGCUCAAUCCUCACAAGAAGUACAAUCUGGAGUACUACAUGGGCUUGAUCGAAAAGAUAGUGAAGAUUGGCACUCACAUCAUCGGCAUCAAGGACAUGGCGGGUGUACUGAAGCCAAAAGCCGCGACAAUGCUUAUUGGAUCAAUCAGGAAGAAGUAUCCGGAUAUACCAAUCCAUGUCCACACACAUGACUCGGCGGGUACAGGAGUAGCAACCUACGUUGCCUGUGCAAAUGCUGGUGCAGACGCCGUGGAUACAGCCACUGACAGCAUGUCGGGCAUGACUUCUCAGCCCAGUGUUGGUGCCUUACUUGCAUCUCUUGAGGGGACUGGACUGGAGCCAGGGCUAAACGGCCAUCACGUCCGAGCGAUAGACACCUACUGGGCCCAGCUUCGUUUGCUCUACUCACCCUUCGAGGCUGGUCUGACCGGACCCGAUCCAGAAGUCUACGAACAUGAGAUACCAGGUGGCCAGCUGACCAAUUUGAUUUUCCAAGCCUCUCAACUGGGCCUUGGCGCACAGUGGGCCGAGACGAAGAAGGCCUAUGAGCAAGCCAACGACCUUCUCGGCGACAUUGUCAAGGUGACGCCGACUUCGAAGGUCGUUGGUGACCUGGCUCAAUUCAUGGUGUCCAACAAGCUUGGCGAAGAAGACGUCAAGAGGAAGGCCAAAGAGCUCGACUUUCCUGGGUCGGUACUGGAGUUCUUCGAAGGAUUAAUGGGUCAGCCAUACGGUGGCUUCCCAGAACCUCUGCGGUCCGACGCUCUUCGCGGCCGACAAAAGCUUGACAAGCGGCCUGGACUGACCCUCGAACCGAUGGACCUUGCAAAAAUCAAGAAGGACAUCAACUCCAAGUUCGGCAGUGCUUCUGAAUGCGAUGUUGCAAGCUACGCCAUGUAUCCCAAGGUAUUCGAAGAGUACAGGAAGUUUGUUAGCAAGUACGGAGAUUUGAGCGUACUGCCUACUCGGUUCUUCCUUAGCAAGCCCGAGGUGGGUGAGGAGUUCCACGUAGAGCUGGAGAAGGGUAAGGUGCUCAUCCUGAAGCUGCUGGCUAUCGGCCCACUUUCGGAGCAGACUGGUCAGCGUGAGGUCUUCUAUGAGAUGAACGGAGAGGUCAGACAGGUCACUGUCGAGGACAAGAAGGCUGGGGUAGAGAACCUGAGCAGGCCGAAGGCGGACAGCAACGACAGCAGUCAAGUUGGGGCACCCAUGUCUGGUGUGGUGGUUGAAGUCCGGGUGCAUGAUGGAGGAGAGGUGAAGAAGGGAGAUCCGGUUGCUGUUCUGAGUGCUAUGAAGAUGGAAAUGGUCAUCAGUGCUCCACACUCUGGGAAGAUUGCAGAGCUGAAGGUGAAGGAGGGAGACUCGGUGGAUGGGCAAGAUCUUGUGUGCAAGAUAGUGAAAUCGUGA